CAGCCCGUCAAGCUUCAGUCGCCAUCUUGAUGGAAAAAUAACAGUGCUUGCGCUUGUGUUUACGUUCCAAAUUUCCGAAUUUUCCCUUGUUAUGGAAAAAAUCUCCACGCUUCGGUCACAAAUCUCUCCACUUAUGCCCGUACUGACCUAAUUUAGUCAAAGUUGUGAAGGUAUUGUGUGUGAAAAGAAAACGAGAUGUUUUACGCGCACUUUGUCUUGGCCAAGAAGGGGCCGCUGGCCAGGAUUUGGCUUGCGGCUCACUGGGACAAGAAACUGACCAAAGCUCAUGUCUUUGAGACCAAUAUAGAGAAGUCGGUCGACGGCAUUCUGCAGCCUAAGGUGAAGAUGGCUUUGAGGACUUCGGGCCACUUGCUGCUGGGGGUCGUGAGGAUUUAUUCGCGCAAGGCGAAGUACCUGCUCGCCGACUGUAAUGAAGCUUUCGUGAAGAUUAAAAUGGCAUUCAGGCCUGGCAUGGUCGAUUUGCCCGAAGAACACAGGGAGGCGGCCGUGAACGCCAUCACGCUACCAGAGGUGUUUCACGAUUUUGACACAACAAUGCCGGAAUUAAAUGACGUCGAUAUUGAGGCCCAGUUUAGUUUAAACCAAUCGCGGGCCGAAGAAAUCACAAUGCGGGAGGACUACGGUAACAUAUCACUAGUAACAAAUGACGAUGGUUUUGGUGAUAUGGGAUUUGACACCGACGCUCCUGAUUUAAUGAGACAUACGGCGGGCCUGGAACCCUCCAUGGAACAAAGCAAUUUAUUAUUUAGCGAUGGUGCCGUCUUGGAUGGCGUUGGAUUAGACAAGGACCGGGAACCUGUCCCAUCCACUUCCGGGACCCAGCACCACGCACCCAUGGAAAUGGACUCGGCGGUUCGCGACGAUGGUUUUGGUAGUAAUUUAGACCAAAACAUAAUUUCUGGGGGUCUAUUUGAGGGUGGCUUAUUUGACGACGCCCCCAUGGGGGACGUUCCACCGGUGGAUCACACGAUACAAGACCCACAAAACUUACCACAAGCUCCUGAUAGUGAUGACGAUGACAUGGAUCAUUUUGGCGGCCCACCAUCUGUUGGUGGUCACAGUUCGGACGAUUCGAGGCCUACUUCAGCGAUAGGUGGGCCUCCAACCAUGCCCUCGCCGGCUCAUGCAGCCCCCCAACAUCAGGAGCAACAAGCCGAACAACCCGAAGAAGCAAACAAUGUACCCUUGGAACAAACUACUUUGGUUCAUAAUGAAGAAGAGAGUUUUGCGUUGGCACCUGUAGAUGCUUCGGCGCUUAAAGGUUUUACCAAAACUAAGCGUAAACGAAAACUGAUCGUCGACGAAGUUAAGAAUAUAUCGGGUGAAGAAAUGAAAAAUCAAUUGUCCGACACUAGUGAUAUUGUGACGACUUUGGAUUUGGCCCCACCCACAAAACGGCUGAUGCAUUGGAAAGAAACAGGAGGCGUUGAGAAAUUGUUUGCACUUCCGGCGAGACCUAUACCGGCCAGAACCUUAUUCAAGAAUUAUCAGCGCCACCUGACGCUGCGUGCGAUCGGUACUGAAGACUUUGCCAUGUUAGGAGAUGCCGAUUCUUUGGCCCUCGACCAAAUGAGAGAUUUUGACGAACCGUUAGCUGAGCUUCCGACGCCGGCGAAACGUGGCCGCAAGCGAAAAAUCCAGGAAGACCCGAGUCGGACGCCGAUGCAUGCCCUGGACCAGGACCAGCACCUCCCUCAAGACGACCACUUGGGGUCGAUGAUGCCUACGUUGCCGCCCCCAUCGCCAAUGCGCCCCCAGCAAGCCCCCACCCCACUUAUGAUGAGUCAAGAAGACGCCCAACACGUAUCAAUGCCUCCUCCGUCGACCCCUGCUGGCGUUAUGUACCCCCAGACCCCUCAAAUGGGGUAUCCGGGAACUCCAGCCCCUACUUUAGGUUUUCCCAACACUCCAGCCCCUCCAACGCCUUUGCAUCAUAUGGAGGAGAUGCCCCAUCUGGCGCCUGAUCAAGUGCACUCGAUUCUGCAAGAGCAGGAGAGUAUAGGGGGGCUGGUGCCGCCUAUGACCCCAGCGUCGGACGAUAUGCUGGGGCACGGUAUGGGGGCCCCAACGACGCCGCAUCAUGGACAGUUGGAUCCGAAUUUGCCAUUGGAACAGUUGGGACAUCAUUUGCCUCAAAUGGAAAAUAUGGGAUAUGAUCAGAAUCAGAUGCAGAUGGCCAAUAUGGGGUAUGAUGAACAUAUGCCAGCCCAGACUCCGGCUGGAGGUAUGUCAGAGAGGGUGCAUUCACCGUGGCAAGGCGACUAUGAUUUCCCGCCGUCUGCCGGUCCGGCUGAGGAACAGCAACAGGACGAAACGGACGAACAGUUUGAAGAAAGAGUAUUAAAUAAGCGAGCCUAUCAGAUGUUUACAGUUGUCAGAUCGAAACUCGAUACGACCAAUCAAAUUACGUUAACGGAGAUGUGUCACCGGAACACGAAAAAACAAGCGGCUCAAAAAUUCUACAGUUUGUUAGUGCUAAAAAAAUUCCAAGUUUUGGAAUUGGAACAAACAGGUCCCUAUGAUGAAAUUUUUGUUUUGCGAGGACCGAAAUUCGAUAACCCUGUACUGUAAUUUUUUUCUAUUAGUUUAUUGCUUUUUGUGUGACGACACAAUGAGGGAACAAAUUGAGUUUUUACACCAAAGUAUUUCUUUACGGUUUAUACACUGACUUUACAACUAUUGUACAAUUUGUUUGUUUUAUGCCUUUUUGAAUUUUCAUAAAAGAAACAAAUUCUAGUCUGUUAUGUUAAGUCUUACUUGUUUUAAAUGCCACCUUUGCGUUUGUUAAGACGUUGAAAUUAUGUAGACUGUGAUAUUUACUCUACAUUUUAUAAAACAUCCUUUCAGUUAGUUGUCGUUCGCCCAUUUUAUUUUUAAUCAAAGAUUAUAGAAAAUGUGGUUAGUGAAUGGGGCAUAAUAGAAUAGUUAUAUUUUUAUUAAAAAUGUACAUAAUGUAUUAUUCUAUUAUUCCCUUUAGACGUUAACAUUUCUAACAAGUAAGAUAUCCUUGAAUUUGUUGUUUUAAGGUUAAAUCACUUUGUAUAAAAAGAUGUUAUUUAUUUGCAAAUAAGAUAUGAAAAAACAGUGAAGCAAUAAGAGGAUACAUUGCUUCACUCUAUCUCUCUUUUUCUAAAUUUAUUGAUAGCUUUCUAGGGUUAGCGACUAUGUAUAAGGUAAAUUUAUUGAAUAAAGUAAUGUUUAAUACUGUUA